ACAGUGCAGUCCCUGGCAACGGGGCACACGAAUCCAAGGGCUCUAGUGCCCUACAGUGCUUACAAGAUUUGUUUUAGUGUUUCAACAGUGCAAUUUGGAUUUUUUCAUAAUGAAGUUCAAGCUAUAUGUUUGGGCUGUACUAUUAGCCCUUACUCUUGUAAGUACCAAAGUAGACGCUGGAACAAGAAGAAAGCAUUCAUCUAAACCAAAGCCUCAAUCCGAUGAUCCGAAUAGUAUACAACCAGAAGAGGUUCAAAAUCAAGAUCCUAGUGAAUUUGAAGAGUAUGGCAAAUUAGACGACUAUGAAGAUUAUUACGAUGAAAAUGAAACUAGAAGGCCCGUUCCUGCAUCAGUUACGUAUCCUUCUACACCAGCUCCUAUCACAACUCCACAACCAGAAAACGAACGUCCUCGCAAUCGUCAUCCCGAACGAACAACGGAAAUUUUUGUUCAGCCCGAAAAUGAACGACCGACGCAAAGACCUAAAGGAAGCGUAAAUGUUCAUGUCAUUCCACCUACAGAGAGAACGUUUACGUGCACACAAGACAACAAAGAAUAUCAAGAUACAGAAAGAUGGAAAGUAGGAGAAUGCACAGAAUGUACCUGUGUUAGGGGUAAAACAGAAUGUAACACUGACGAAGUAUGUUUGCAAACACUGAACUCCCCUCAAUCAGGACCUCAAGGAGAACAUGGUGAAGCUGGUGAACCCGGAAGGCCCGGAGAUCCAGGAAUGCCUGGCAAUCCGGGUACUCCUGGUAUUCCAGGUGCACCCGGACCACCCGGUCCUCUACCAGAUUUAAGUGCCUUUUACCAACAAUUAUCACAAUCCCAAGGUGGUGACAAAGGACCUAGUUAUCCAGAACCAUUUCAAUACCUACAAGCACAAGUUGGACCAGUCGGGUCCAGAGGGCCACCAGGUCCACCAGGCCCCGUAGGACCACAAGGUUUCCAAGGUCUUCGGGGAGAAAUAGGCGAACCAGGACCCGCCGGGCCACCAGGACCUGCUGGACCCAGAGGACUAACGGGUUCACCCGGCAAAGAUGGAGAACGAGGAGAUGACGGUGAAGCUGGAGCAGCGGGAGCGACAGGUCCCCCUGGUUCACGAGGUAUUCCCGGGAUGCCCGGAUUGCCGGGAGUAAAGGGGCAUAGAGGAUUUCCUGGUUUAGACGGUUCUAAGGGUGAUCAAGGUUCACCCGGUGAAAAGGGAUCACAAGGAGUGUCAGGACCAAUGGGGCAGACUGGAUCGCAAGGACCUGCUGGACCCAGAGGUGAAAGGGGACGCGAAGGUCCUCCGGGACCUCCUGGAAUAAGAGGAAUUGAUGGAAUUGCUGGACCACCAGGAAUGCCAGGUUCUAUUGGUAAGCCUGGAGCACCAGGAUUUCCAGGAAAUCCAGGAGCAAAAGGAGAUCAAGGGGCAUCAGGUCCAAAAGGUAGUCAAGGCUACCAAGGAAGUAGAGGCGAAUCAGGAAGGCCAGGUUCGCCGGGAGAAUCUGGUCCUCCCGGUCCUGCUGGAAAAGAUGGAUUACAUGGAGAAAAAGGUAACACUGGAGCUCCAGGUAUAGUAGGACCACCCGGAUUUCCAGGAGCCAGAGGACCUCCAGGACUUGCAGGAAGUUCUGGUCAACCAGGAGCUAAAGGGGCUGAUGGUUUGCCUGGGGAAAGAGGAUAUAGAGGAGAACCCGGUAUAAAAGGAGAAAUAGGUUCUUCAGGACCUAGAGGAUUACCCGGUGUAUCUGGCCCAGAGGGAAAACGUGGAAAACGAGGCAUGAGGGGAUCUCCAGGACCUCAAGGACUUACUGGAGAGCGUGGUAUUGCUGGAGUAAGAGGUCUUCCCGGUCCUGACGGAGCACCAGGUCCUAAAGGUCAAGCUGGAACAAGGGGUGGAGUUGGUCCAGCUGGACCAAAAGGACCCGAAGGGGAAGUUGGCAGGCCAGGUUCUCCAGGUUUACAAGGAAUAAGAGGUGUGCCUGGAAGAACUGGUGCACCUGGGAAACCGGGUCCAUCAGGAGAAAGAGGCAUACCCGGACAAGAUGGAAAGCCAGGAGAAGCUGGGCCUCAAGGAAUUCAAGGUCUGCCUGGUCCUUUAGGUUUGCCUGGAGAUAGAGGAUUGGCUGGUGAACCAGGGAAGGAUGGAGAAGCUGGUCCAAUCGGACCAUCAGGUCCCAGAGGUGAUGCAGGAAAAGAUGGAAAUCCAGGCCCGCAAGGUCCUCAAGGUCCUCCAGGUGUAGAUGGCGAAAGAGGAGCUCCUGGUGUUGAUGGAGCAAGAGGUUUUCAAGGUCUUCCUGGAGCUGUUGGUAAUCCAGGUUCACCCGGUAAGGAUGGAGAACCAGGAGUGCAAGGCCCAAUUGGUAUUGCCGGACCACAAGGACAAAGAGGAGAACGAGGUUUUCCAGGAGAAAGGGGACUACCUGGUAUAUCAGGUUUACCCGGAUCUAAGGGUGCUACUGGAGCUCAAGGAGCUGAUGGACCACUAGGACCAGAUGGUCCACCUGGACCAAAAGGACACCCUGGUUUACCAGGCGCAAUAGGAUUACCGGGAUUAAGAGGACCACUUGGUCCACAAGGUGAAAAAGGAGAACAUGGAUCUGUAGGACCAAUUGGGCCUGAUGGAGCUCCAGGACGACAAGGUGAACGUGGACCCAUAGGUCCACUAGGACCUCCCGGUCCACCCGGAGAACCUGCUGCACCAGGAGAACCUGGACCACAAGGAAUAUCUGGUGAACCAGGGGCACCUGGCGCGAUUGGAGAAAGGGGACCAUCAGGACCCCAAGGAGCUCAAGGAUUUCCUGGACCACCAGGACUGAUAGGAUUACCUGGAAUUAAAGGUGAACGAGGUUUUAAUGGCAUGAAAGGGGCCCAAGGUAAUUCCGGAUUACCAGGCAGACCUGGAGAGCCUGGUGCACAAGGUCUAAUUGGAUUAACAGGAGCCAAAGGAGCUCGAGGGGAAGCUGGACAAAGAGGAGAUGCUGGUAUUAUGGGAGCUCCUGGUAGACCAGGUGAACAAGGACCAGCUGGACUUCCUGGAAAUGCUGGACCCGCAGGACCUCAAGGAAUACCGGGUAUAAAAGGAGCAACCGGUGAUAUUGGACGCUCUGGCUUACCUGGUCCACAAGGUCUACCAGGCGCUCAAGGACCAGAAGGUGGAAGAGGAGAAAGGGGAAAUGAGGGUCCUCCAGGACCCGUUGGACCAAUUGGUCCUCAAGGAGCAUCUGGAGAAAGAGGCAUCCCCGGUUUUCCUGGGCCACCAGGUCCUAUAGGAAGUCAAGGAGCCAGAGGAUCACCAGGAGAGGUAGGACCUGCAGGAAAACCUGGAAAUGAAGGUCCACCUGGCCCACAGGGUAUGCCUGGUCCUCUCGGACCUCCAGGAUCAAGUGGAGAUCAAGGACCAGAAGGACCCUCCGGUAAACCAGGUCUACCGGGAAUAUCAGGAAGACCAGGUGAUAAAGGGCCUCAGGGAUUACCUGGCCCACCAGGCAACGUAGGAACUCCAGGAUUACCAGGUCCUCAAGGUCCUCCAGGACAAGCAGGUUUAGCAGGUGAAAGGGGACCCCGAGGUGAACAAGGAUCAGCCGGACAAGAUGGUGCUCCAGGAGAAAGAGGAAAACAGGGUGCACCUGGUCUACAAGGAUCAAAAGGUGAUCGAGGAGAAAUGGGUUUAAUAGGCCCCAAAGGUCAUGCUGGUCUAAUGGGUCUUCAAGGAUUACCUGGAGCACAAGGUGCUCCCGGUGAACGAGGACUUCCUGGAGAAAGGGGUCUACCAGGUAAAGAUGGAGAAAGCGGAUCUAGGGGUCCACCAGGAAGAGAAGGUAGUUCUGGACCGCAAGGUCCAAUGGGCUCCCCAGGUUCAAGAGGUGAAAGUGGAAAAGAUGGAAGACCUGGACCCCCAGGAGCGCCAGGACCAGCUGGACCUCCAGGUCCUCCAGGAGAAGGAAUGGGUUACGAUGCUGCAAGCUUAGCUGCUUUACUAGCUCAAGGCCAAAAUAAUCAAAAAGGACCUGAUUCGAUGAAUGAUCAACCUCCUAGAAUAUUUGGCAAAGAGCUGACUGCAGAAGAAACUCGCGAACUAAUCGACAAAGCUUACGAACAACUUAAAACGUCUUUUGAGAAAUUAAGAAAGCCGAAUGGACAGAAAAAUUCACCAGGAAAAACUUGUCGAGAUAUUAAAGCUGCGUAUCCAGACUCCCAAAAUGGACAAUACUGGGUUGAUCCUAACGAAGGUGACAUAAAAGAUUCUAUUCUAGUAUACUGUAACAUGGAAGAAAGAGCAACCUGUAUACUGCCUUCUCCAGUAAGAACACCGGAAGUAAACUAUAAGGGCAGAGAACCAGAAAUUUGGCUUGGAGAUGUAAAUCACGGAAUGAAGAUAACGUACAAAGCGGACAGUACUCAAAUAGCCUUUUUGCAUUUGCUGUCAUCUAAAGCCAGUCAAAAUCUCACAUAUCAUUGCAAGAAAUCAGCAGCAUAUUUUGAUGCUACGAGACAUACUUUCCGACGAGGAAUCAAACUGCUCACCUGGAAUGAUAUCGAAGUUACUCCAAAGGGAAAACUAAAGUACGAAGUACUUAGUGACGAAUGCAGAUAUCGCCGAAACACAUGGGAACAAUCAGUUAUAACAUAUUCAACUGAAAAGCCUCAACGACUUCCCAUCGUCGAUAUAGCCAUUCGUGAUGUUGGAGAACAAGAUCAAUUUUUCUGGGUAGAAAUUGGAGAAGUUUGUUUUUCAUAAAAUUCAACUUAAAUUUAGCAAAUAUAGCAGAUCAAGUAGACCAGAAAUCAGAAUAUCAACAGAAAAUCCUUAUAAUUUUUGUCUAUAAUUGGGUUUUGUGGAUGAUUUUAAGCUCUUUUAAUGUAAAUUUAGUACAAAAUUAAAAUAGUUGUUUAUUCUGACAUCUGUUCUACAAUUUUCACUUGCAAAAUAGUACUUAAUUUUGUAAGUACUUACAACCAAAGCAUGUUACUGCCAUUUAUGUGUUCUAAUAUGUAAUUUUAGUGACUAAAAUAAAAUUUUAAGGAAUAUGUCAUAUUUUUUAUAUUACGUUUAGUUGAAAGGUGCUGUAAUUAAGACAAUGAUAUACUUAGUAUUAAGGGUACAUACUAUUUUUGUAUAAAAUUUAAAGUAU